AUGGAAUUAUUUGUAUUAGUUCGGAUAGUUAUAUUCGUUACUUUUUUCUAUAUAUUACUAAAUAUAUUACAUGACAAUCUUUUUAUGAUAAAAUUAGUGAAUAGCUAUUCUUAUUCUUACUUGUGGAAUAUUGUUAAAUUAAAAAAUAGAAAAAUUCUGAGCGAAUUAUCAGACGUACAAUUAGAGGACAAUGAUAUAGAAGAUUUUAUUGUUAGUAAUAAUGUAUUAUAUUCGAAUGAUUUUUUAAAUAUAAUUGAUCCUAUAUUUUUGGGUAAUUACGACAAUAUAAAUUUGGAUGAAUAUAUUAAAAAUUUUGAUAAUACAAAGGAAGAAAGUUCUUCAGCUAGAAAUUUUUCAAUAGCUAAAUGCAAUUUAUAUAAUAAUCAUGGUGAAAAGAAAUUAGGAAAUAUAAUAGAAGUAUCUCAUGAUAAUGUAUCGAAUGAAUUUCCGAGAAUGAUAUCUGAAGAAAGUGCUGAUGAAAUAUUUGAUCAACUGUUUGAUGAACAUUCCACAAAGGCAUCAAAUACCUUAAGUAGUGAUAUGAUGGGAGAAGUAAAUGAUAAAUUUUUUGAAGAUAUAAUUGUAGAAGUUAAUGAAAAAAUAUCUGAAGAAUCUUAUGAUGAAACAUUAGAAAAUAUGCCCAUACAAUUUUGUAAUAUAAUGAAAUCGAGAGGAUUAGAAGAGAAAUUAGACACGGAUAAAGAAAAACAUAUUAAAGGUAAUUUAAAAAGAUAUUAUUCAUCAAGAAUAGUACAAGAUACUGAUAAGAGAGAAAAUGAAAAAUGUAUUUCCAGUGCAAAUAUGAAAUAUGUAAUAAAAUUAACAUUAGAAAAGAAUAAAGCACAAGAGGAAGAUGUAAGUGUAUCGAGUGAGGUAGGGAAGAUGACGACAAGAUAUGUAGAAGAGGAUACGAGAGAUGUUAUAAAAGUAGUUAAGGAAAAACCUGGAAACGAACAUUCAAAAUAUGAAGAAGGAAAAUGCAAUAUGAAUCUAAUAAAAGAAUUAGAGGAUCAAAUUUUACAAAAGAUUCAUAAAGAUGAAAUAUCAAGGAAGGAAUCAAAAAUGGGGAUAGAGAGCAAUACAAUUGAUAUAUAUAAAAAAGGUAGGGAUUGUGCAAAAGGAAGAGUCCAUUUAAAUUCCCACAUAUCUAAAAUGAGCAUUAAGAAUAAUUCAGAAAAAUCAAAAGAAAAGAAAAUCAAAGAUACCAAAAGAAAGAAAUUAGAACAAAAAAUGUUAUUUGAAGCUAAUAAAAAGAACGAAGAAAGAAAAAGAUAUGGGAGGAUUAAUGAUUUAGGAGAAAAUGUAAAUAAUGAUUAUUUUUAUUUUAGUAACGAUUAUUCCUAUUUAAAGAGAAAAAACACUUUAUACAAUGUGAAUACUCAUAAUUAUACAACGAGAUUGAAAACAAAGGAACAACGAAUUUCUGAAGAAAAACAGAAAUAUAAUAUUAUAAGACCGUCAGAUUGCAAUACACUUCAUUUGAACACAAGAAAAAAGGAAAGACCAAAUAUAAUAUUUAAAGAAAAGGACAAAUAUGGUAAUACACCUAUAUCAUUUGUUCAAAUGAAUAAUUCUAUGAUUCCUUUAGUAUGUAGUCAUUAUAGUAAAGAAAUAUUACAUACAGAAAAUAAUGGAAGGAACCAUUUUGAAACGGUAUCAUUUGAUAAUUUAUAUAAUGAUAUUAGGAAAGAAGAAAAUUAUGAAUCAAUAGAUAAAUCAAUUUUCUUAUUAAACGAAGAAAUAAAGGAUGAAAUGAACGAUGAAAGAAAUAAUGGAAGGAACCAUUUUGAAACAAUAUCAUUUGAUAAAUUAUAUAAUUAUAUUAGGAAAGGAGAAAACGAUGAAUCAAUAGGUGAAUCAAGUUUCGUAUCAGACGAUGAAAGAAAUAAUGAAACGAACCAUUUUGAAAUGACAUCAUUUGAUAAUAUAUAUAAUAUUGGGAAUGAAGAAAAUUUUGAAGCAAUGGGUGAAUCAAUUUUCGAUUUAAACGAUGAAGUAAAUAAUGAAACGAACAAUUUUGAAACGUCGUUUUUUGAUGAUAUAUAUAAUGAUAUUAGGAAUGAAGAAAUUAUUGAACCAGUAGAUGAGUCAAUUUUCCAUUUAAACGAUGAAAUAAAUGAUGAAAGAAAUAAUGAAGAGAAUAAUGACGAAAAUAAUGAUGUGAAUAAUGAAGUGUAUAAUGAAGUGAAUAAUGAAGAAAAUAAUGAAGAGAACAAUGAAGAGAACAAUGAAGUGAAUAAUGAAGAAAAUAAUAAAGGAAAUGGUGAAAUAAAUAAUGAAGGGAAUAAUGAAGGAAAUAAUGAAGAAAAUAAUGAAACAAAAAAGGAAGAAAAUAAUAAAGGAAAUUAUGAAAUAAAUAAUGAAGGGAAUAAUGAAACAAACAAGGAAGAAAAUAAUGAAGGAAAUGAUGAAGAAAACAAUGAAGCAAACAAGGAAGAAAAUAAUAAAGGAAAUGAUGAAAUAAAUAAUGAAGAGAAUAAUGAAGGAAAUAAUGAAAUAAACAAGGAAGAAAAUAAUAAAGUAAAUGAUGAAAUAAAUAAGGAAGAGAAUAAUGAAGGAAAUAAUGAAGAGAAUAAUGAAAUAUAUAAUGAAGAGAAUAAUGAAAUAUAUAAUGAAGAGAAUAAUGAAGAAUAUGAUUAUUAUGAUAGUGAUGAUGAUUAUGAAGAAUCCCUUUCAUCAUCUGAUGAGUGGUUUAAUGAUGAAUCUAGUGAGGAAGAAAGUGAUGAAGAAAUGCAUGAUUAUAAGGUGUCAUCUUCUGAAUUGACUAAUUUGUUGAAUAGAAAAUAA